CCCAACAACAUCUCCCUUUUUAAACCCUCGAUGCUAAAAUUGUGGUGGAUUCAGCGUAUCCACAUCCUUAGAGGCUGCCUGAGUGACCCUGAGGUGGAGGAAGGAAUCCUCUACAGAUAUGGGGGAACGCUACAACUGAAUCAUGUCAAGGGUGAAGGAGCUGCUGUGCCCAUCUGGAUCCCUAUCAGAGGCACUUCACAGCAGGAGGGGUUUCAUUUCCACCAGGCUCAGUGGGUAACGGGCAAUCGCGUCUCUCCUGAGCUGUUCCAAGCGCAGGGUAUGACUGGUGUGGCACGCUGGAAUUAUCAGCGGCUCGUUGACCUGAAGCAGCCUGGGCUUGUCUUACCUGGAGUGUUUGACCCUGUUUUGAUGAUGGAGUUAAACAGGGCAUCUAUAACAGUGACUGGGCAACCCAAAUAUCCAGCCUUCCACAUCUCCAGCAGGGACACAGGCGAGAGGUUUGGCCUACAAUAUGUGGAGCCAGGCUGUCGACCUGUGCCUCUUGACUUCGACAAACACAAAAGCAGGAAGACAGACCUAGGGAUGCAAGAAGAGUCUUCAUCUGGCACUGACUUCUCAUUUCCAUCUCAGAAAUGCUUAGAGGAUUCCUCUUCUGCUGAGGCCCCUCCUGCUGGUGGACCAGAGGCCCCCCCGCAGACUGUGAUUUUUAAACGUUUUUCUACUCCGAGUGCUGUGACAGUGAAGGAACAAACAUCUGAGGAGUUUCUUUUAGAUGCAGAACUGCCAAGCACACCACCACUGCCUUUAGCUGCUUCUCCCUGUGCUGCUCGGACUGGACCCAUUAAGACAGGUGGUCGAGUCUUUGUGUUGGACCAUAACAGAUGGACAGAUCCAAUGAGAAAUGCCAUUGAUGGUUUGCUUGCCAAGCACCACGGGAGCAAGGACCUCCUGACAAAGGUGGAUGCUGAAUAUGCUGCUAUGGUACAGAGUGCCUGCACUGACCCAAACAGCCUUUUGCACUCAACCACAAAGCAGCACAUAAGCAGGUACAUAAAACACCUUGCUAAAAAAAAGAACACUAAUGCUUCACUCAACACCAGCCCAGAAAAGCUCCUGGAGACACAGCAGUUAUGGCAGCGUCUUCAUUCAGGCAGUAAAACCAUCAGUGUCCCAGUGACAGUACUUCCACCUGCCCCGGUCAAUCCACCCGCAAAGAGUGUUCCUGAGGCUGUCUCUCUAGACCAGGCAGCGCUUGAAGAGAUGGUGAAGGACAUCAUAGAGAAGCAGCAGGCAGUUCAGAAGCAACAACAGCAAAUGCCACAAAAAAAGCUCACCAGAUCCUGUUUAGCCUGUGGUCAGCCUAAGUCUCGAUACAUGGGUGAUGGCACCUCAAUACAUUUCUUUUAUCAAGGCGGUGAUGUUAAAUACUUCUACUGCUCCAAGAAAGUUUUUGACACAUAUUCAGCAGAGGGCCUGACCAACCCCAGAAUGCCUUUUGAAGACUUUGCAGCGACUCCUUUUUUUCAGCGAGAACUGGAGUCUUCUAAGCGGAGAGGGGCGGAAAAUAAGAGGGUGAUUGAGGAGAGAAGCAAGAGGAAGUCUGUAGUAGAGCAUCCUACUGGUCGUCUGUGCAGAUUCUGCCACCUGCCACUGAAACAAGGGCCAAACAGUCCUCAUAUUCACACUGGUUUCCCUGGAGUGGCAGGCAAAUACAUUUACUGUCCUGCUAAAGUGUUUUCCCUUUAUCAGGCUCAGGGAAUGAGCACAGAAAUGUCAUGGAGAGACAUUCAGCAGUCUCCAUUCUAUGAGGCCGAGAAGAAGAGGUGGAUUGAGGAAAAGAAAAAAUGA